CUAUUUAAAGGAUAGACAUGUUGUAUAUAUAAUCAGGCAUAUAUUCUACAUACAUUUGCUAGAUCAAUAGAUGAUAGAUUAAUUAAUUAGUGAAAAUGUACGCAACAAGACUAUUUUCAUUGUACAAAUUGAAUCCUAGUGCUCUUUCAGAUCCACCACCAUCAGGACCAAAUUCAAGUUAUCUUGUGCUAUUCGAUGAGGAAGCUGAAACUUGCUCUUGUUUUGGUUUUUGCAAGACGGAGUACAAUAUAAUCAAGGAUUUUCCUUUUCCUCAGAACAAAAAUUUAACCAUUCAUUAUUCAUAUGGUGACAACUCCAAUUUAGAAAAAGUUAUGUUCCUUCCGGUAUUGAAUCAACCAUUGUCUUCAAAUCGUUAUUAUGUCAUAGGAAGGAAAGGGGAGAAUCAAGGGAAAGCUAGCACAAGUUCAAAGGAAGAGGACAUGGCCACAUGUUCAUGCUUCAGUGUCGAUGAUGUUAAACCAAGACCCCUAGAGCCCUUUAAUGAUUAUCAACAGGUUGAAAUAAUCAAGAAAGAUUAUGGCUUUUGCGCAAAAUCUCUUGCCACAGAUGGAACUCCUGCGGGUUUAUUAAAAGAAAGAGGGUGGACACUUGAGGCUACCACUCCUCAAAAUUACCAAUUAAGCCAAGCUUUAGGCUCAAACGAUUCCUUGCGUUCCAAGCAACCAAAUUUCAAUUUUCCAUGCUCAAAUGAUUGUUCUGAAUCAAUGGUUGUUGGAAAAUGGUAUUGUCCUUUUAUGUUUGUCAAGGAAGGAAUGAAUUUAAAGGAGCAAAUGAAUAUGUCAGUGUUCUAUGAGCUAACACUUGAACAAAGAUGGGAAAAAAUAUUUUCAAAGGAAAAUGAAAAUAGUGAAGAGGGUGUUGUGUUUGUAGAUGUUGUUGUUCAAACUGAAGUUGCUAAGGUUAGAGGGAAGGAUGCUGUUUGGGAUGAAAAUAGAUUGGUUGAUGGUGUUUUGUGGUUUAAGAAGUUUGUUGAUGUGGAAAAAGAUGCAAGUGUUGGAUUGAGUGUGGAAGUUGUUGAGGGAAUGAAAUGGGAACAAAAAAGAGUUGGAUGGAUUGGUGGAAAUGGAAGACAAGCUGUGAGAGUAACAAAAGUUGAGGAGUUUGGUGGAACAAACAAGUGGAAGAAAUUUAGUUGUUAUGUGUUAAUUGAAAGUUUUGUAUUGAGGAGUAUGGAUAGAAGAUUGGUGCUAACUUGUGAUUACAAACACUCGCAUCAAAUUAGGAGCAAAUGGGAAUAAUUGUUUUCUAAAACAUCUUGCUUUUAUUUUUUGUUCUACUAUUUUAUUGUGCUUUGUUGUAUUUAUAGUACAUAUUAUGUUUUAUUGCUAUUUUAUUGUGCUUUGUUGUAUUUAUAGUACUUAUUGUGUUUUAUUAUACAAUAGUCUUUUUAAUUGAA